AUGAAAAAACAUAAGAAAAGAGACCGGUCAUCAAGUAGUGAUGACGAGCUAUCGAAAAAAGAAUUACUAAGAAGAAUUCAUAAGUGGAACGAUCCCAAGAAAGACGAAGGUCACGUUCCCGUACAUACUCUAGUAAGCGCCAUCGGCGUUCGGAGUCGAGCGUGCGUUCUCGCUCUCGCCGACUGGAAUCAGGUGACCGACGCAGGCUAACUCGCUCUCCCACACAGACGCGAAAGGUCGAUUCUUCCCCGUCGCGCCAUCGACAGCGCUCAUGGGUGGAGCGGGGAGAGCUUUCCAGCCGUUCCUGCGAUAGAAGUCGAUUCUCUAGUCGAUCCGUCGAGACUGUCGAGAGCACAGGGACGCAUUCAGCCCGUCGGCGCCGAAGUUUUUCUGCAGAGCGAUACUCGUACGUAUCGACGAAUGCAGACGCAACCAACAAUGAGGGAUUCAACUUGCAUGUUGAAAACCACGUACGACCAAACAGUCCAGACAAUAUUACAGCAGAAGGAGGCCAUUCUCCGUCACUAAUAAUAAAUAAUGACGUUGAGCUAGGCGACGAUUUUUUGGCCAUUUUAGGAAGCGAUCCAAAGGAAUGUGGAAAGUAAACUUUCCAACUUCAUAAGGCCAUAUCCUCGCGAUGGGAUCAUAUAUUGUCUAAUGGCUUAUCGGACGAGGACAAACGGGUUUUAAAUGACCGUCACAAAAUACCAGAGAAUUUACCCUUGUUAGUGCCACCUGAGGUUAACGCUGAAAUCUUGGCAAUUAUGUCAGCGCUUCAUAAAAAGAGAGAUUCUGGUUACUCGGCAAUUCAAAAUCAGAUUUCUCAUGGUCUUUCAGCUCUUGGACAGGGCCUUAAAAUAACUCUUGAAGAGGGCAAUAAUUUUCCCAAGGAAUUAAAGGAAAAUUUGAUGACUCCUCUUUGGGAUUCAGGUAAAAUUUUAACCAAUUUAUUUUUUAGCCUAUCGCAAACUAGACGUACCUUGAUUUCUCAAACUGUAAACAGACAGGUGAAAGAUAUUAUAGAAAAAUCUGUUCCUGACACCUCCUUGUUUGGUUUGGAUUUCGGGGAAAAAAUUAAAUCUGCCCGAAUGCUGGAAAAGACAAUGGCGAAAGAAGAGGAGGGAGGAGAUCAAUUCCGGAAAACCGAUAUCGCCCAGGUCGUCCAGGGAGGGGGACGAAACCUUACAAGGGCCAACAAUCCUCGAGACACGAGAAGUUCUAUUCCAGGAAAAACAAGUAAUUCCGCUCACAACACAAGAUGGCGAAGAACCUUACCCUGGUUGCAGCAAAAUUAUCUGGAAUGCAUUACUGCUGAAAAAUUACCCAGAAAAUACAUUACGAACCGUACUUCAAUCAUUAUCAGCUGGAACGCUUAAACAGUACAAUUCCACCUAUAAACUUUGGUGGGGUUUUUGCCAAAAACAUAAUCUUUCUGUUUACAAAUCCGGGUUACUCGACCACCUUACAAGUGUGCAUCGAAACAAACAAUUAGCAAAUGGGUCAAAGAAUUAUUGGCGCGUGCCGGCGUUAAUACAGAAGAGUUUCGCGCCCAUUCUACUAGACAUGCGUCUACGUCAGCCGCGAGAAGAAAAGGAAUUUCUUUGGAUCUCAUUCGCCAGACUGCAGGCUGGUCAGAAGAUUCCUCUACGUUUGCAAGAUUUUAUAAUCGUCCUGUUAUAG